AAACAAUUUAAUAAUAAUAACGUCUAUUUAAUAAAUUAUAGGAUAUUCUAAAACAGAAGCAGUACAAAACAAAGCAAGUUCAGGUUAAACUUGCCGAAAUUCCGCCGCAAUCAUCAACACUAUCAGAUAAUCCGUCAUUGCUUAAUACCGAAUCUGUUGAGGUUAAAGAUGAUGAUCAAAAUGAGGUCAAAUCUUAUUCAUUAGUACAAGAUGAUAACGAGAUGGAUCUAGAUCUCGUUGAUGACAAUAAAAAUAAGAAACCAGCUCGAGGCAGUAAAGGAAAGAAUAAAGCUCUUAAUAAUGAUAAAAAGCAAACUCAAGAUAGUAAAGGGAAAAAGAAUGUGAUAUAUGAUUACUUUGCGCCCGUUGAACAAUCUCAAACAAAAAAGGAAGUGAUUAAUGAAGAGGUAAACCCAGCAACUCAAAAUGAAAAGAGCGAAUUGGUGGAUUUAGUUUCUGACGCAGAAGAAACUGAAAAGACCGUUAAAGAUCAAGAUCUAGAAUCCACAAGUUCACCAAAACGUGGUAGAAGAAAAGCCACGAAAGUAAAAAUUGCUCAAAGUGAUGAUGAACCGAUGGAUCUAGUUUUUGAUACAGAAGAAACUGAAAAGACCGAUAAAGAUCAAGAUCUAGAAUCCACAAGUUCACCAAAACGAGGUAGAAGAAAAGCCACGAAAGUAAAAAUUGCUCAAAGUGUGAUAAAGAUCAAGAUCUAGAAUCCAUAAGUUCACCAAAACGGGGUAGAAGAAAAGCCACGAAAGUAAAAAUUGCUCAAAGUGAUGAUGAUCGGUAGGUCUAGUGUUUGACAAAGAAGAAACUGCAAAGGCUGAUAAAGAUCAAGAAUCCACAAGUUCACCAAAACGUGGUAGAAGAAAAAACGCGAAAGUAAAAACAACUCAAGAUGACGAAGAAAAGAGCGAGUUGAUUAAUCUAGUUUCUGAUUUGGAAGAAACUGAAAAGACCGAUAAAGAAGU